AUGGCUGACUACAUCAAAUCGUGUGUUGUUUUGAUGUUCUUGAUGAUGGCUUUCUUGGAAGGGUCGAUGGGUGCUGUGUACAAAGUUGGUGAUUCUGCUGGUUGGACUAAUACCGGAGUUGACUAUGAAAAAUGGGCCUCCGCUCAUACGUUUAAAGUUGGUGACACUGUAGUAUUCAACUAUGACAAGGAAAGCAAUGAUGUGACUCGAGUGACCCAAGAAAAUUACGAAACAUGCAACUCAAAUGAUCCAAUUGAGACUUUCAACAGUGGGGACGAUGAGCUUGAGUAUUCCACUCCUGGCAACUUCUACUACAUCUGCAGCUUCCCCAACAGGUGUCUGAAUAACAAGCAAAAGGUCGAAAUCAAUGUCUCCCCGUCGGGCAACGACACAACUCCGUCACCUCCUGCAGGCACCAGCCCCUCACCACCAGGCACCAGCCCCUCAUCACCAGGCACCAACUCUACACCACCAGCAGGUGUAUGCAAGCGCAACACUACUGCAUCAGCAUCACCCCGCCCUUUCAACAAACACCUCGGCGGACUCUUGGUUUUUGCUUCAUGUGCUUUGGCUCUUUAUCUCCACUAG